GCCCAGAAGAAGCGACGAAGCGCUUUCAGCAGAUUCAGGAAGCCUAUUCCGUCCUUUCCGAUGCGCAGGAGAGAGCCUGGUACGAUGCCCAUAGAGAGCAAAUUCUCAGAGGCGAUGAUGGGCCCGGUGAGGACCCUUUCAAGACCAAGAUCAACUUGUACAAAUAUUUCAGCGUGUCCUGCUUCGACGGCUUCGGCAAUGACUCUCGCGGUUUUUUUGCGGUCUAUUCCGAACUGUUCGAGGCCAUCGAUGCCGAAGAAGAGCAGUGGGAGGAUGCCGAUGAAGAUCACUUGGCCAUGCCUCCCUUUGGGCGCUCGGACAGCGAGUGGGCCGACGUGUCGGCUUUCUACAGGCACUGGCUGGACUUCUGCUCGCGGAAGGCGUUUGGCCAUGCAGACCAGUGGAACCCGAAGGACGCCUCCAACCGGCAAGUCCGCAGGGCAAUGGAGCAGGAGAACAAAAAAGCACGGCAGGCUGCAAAGAAGGAGUUCAAUGCAGAGGUCCGACAGCUUGUGAAGUUCGUGCAAAAGCGAGAUCCCAGAUAUCAAGCCCAUCAAAAGCAGCAGAUGAAGGAGAACAUCGAGAAGAACCAGCGGGACAGAGCUGAAAAAGAUCGACGAAAAGCUGACGAGGCCAAGGAAAAGGAAGAGCGCAAGGCGGCUGCAAGACAGGCAGAGGAGGAGCGCUGGGCGGAAGCCAGAGCAAGAAAAGAGGAGCAAAGAGCUCGCGGCGAGGUGGUCAGCGAGGACGAAGAAGAAGGCAGCGAGGAGGAGCUAGUCGAAUACUACUGCGAGAUUUGCAAAAAAAGCUUCAAGUCGGAAAAGGCGUUCGAGCAGCAUCUCAAGAGCAAGAAGCAUUUGCAGGCUGUUGCGAAGCUGCAGAAGGAGCUGGAUCGGGAGAUGAAGGAGGAGGCAAGAGCCUCGAAGAAGCAGCCCCAGAACGAGGAAGAGUCUGAGGAAGAAGAAUCUGAGCAAGAAGCUGAAGGAGAGCUCCAGGAGACGGUUUCAGCAGAAGCAGAACCAUCAAAGCCCAGCAAGCCCGUCAAACACGAGACGGCCGAUUCCGAGACCAGAGAGGACGAUUCCAACAGCGAGAGCAGAAGCGACAGCGAGGACGACUUCCUGGCUCGUUUUGCUGCGAAGAAGCAGGGCGGUCGUGGUGGCUACCCUCAGGCCGCCACGAAGACCGACCAGGAGUCAGAUAGUGAAGACGAGGAGCAAGAAGACAUUCGGGGACGAAGGGCGCAGAAGAAAGAGCAGCAAAUGGCGGCAGCACUGCAGAGGCAGCAGGAAAAAGAUUCAGAGCAAGUCUGUGUGGCGAUGCCAAUAGCGGACAUAGAUUACCGGGAGUACUUCACCAGCGAGAAGAUAGCCGACUUGAAGGAGUCCUUUGACAGCUUCGACUCUUCUGGGGAUGGAAGGAUUGGGGCCGACGAGCUCUAUGGCAUGUUUAAGAAGCUGGGCACCAAUUUGACCCGAUCGCAGAUUCGUGAGGUCAUGCACGAGGUGGACGCAGAUGGGAGUGGCGAAAUCGAGUUCGAAGAAUUAUGUAUUUUAGAAAUCAAAAUGGCGCGCACACGCCCGCGCCCAGACCUCAUCGAUUAUCAGGACUAUCUCGACUGCAAAACCAUCCAGAAGCUGGAAGAGGCCUUCGACAGACUGGACGCCGACUCGCGGGGGUAUGUUUCUGUUUUUGAGAUGAAAGGAUUGCUGGAGGCACAGGGUUGCAAGUCAAGCGAAGAUGAAAUCGAUGAGAUUUUGGGAGAGUUGAAUAGCCAGGGGGAGCUGGACUUCGCUAGCUUUGCCUCAGCAUGGGCAAUCGCAAACCAAUGUCGGAAGCGUAUCAAUUAUCGUGAGUUCUUGGACAAAGACGAGGUCGAAGAGUUGAAAGAACUCUUUGAGGAGGGGACGAUGGGUCAGGGUAAUUUGGCAAUCACCGAGCUGGACCACAUCUUCCGGAAGUUUGGCUACCCAAUGAAGACGAAGCAACUUCGAGGCCUUCUCAAGGACUUCGACAGCGACUCCUCGGGGGAGAUAGACUUCGAGGAGUUUUGUGUCAUGAUGCUGCGGCUCAAGUGCGCGAAGCAGGUCCGACACAUCAGCCCGGAGACGCACGACUGCCGCAGUCUGUGGCUAGACGAGGGCUUCACGGCCAAGGAGCUGCAAAAGUCCGGGUAUGGUAUCUUUCACAUGAAGGCUGCCGGUAUCUCUGUCCGCCAGAUCCUCGCCGAGGCGGAGGUCACGGCGCUGGAGAUGCGUUUGUGCGGCUUCACAGCUCAAGAGCUAAGGAAGGCAGGGAUGGGGGCCAGCGAGUUGAGGGCCGCAGGCUUCUCCUUGGCGGAGCUGCGUUUGGCUGGCUUCUCACAUGCUGUGCUGCAGACAGCCAACAAAACCCUGCGCUCCUAUCUUUCCAAAGGGAACCUCACCGUGUUGCCGCAGCAGAAUCCGAAGUUCGACCCUAAGAGGAAGAAGCACACUCCCUUCAUGAAGCUCUGGUUGACACCAAAGACAUCAGAUGAUCCUAAACCUGUCACUCCUCGCAUCCGUGAGCACACUGACUACCGACAAAAGUCAAAGUCGGCACGGCCCGCUACCACAGGUUCAGCAGAGCUCGGAAGAUAUGAGACCUCUUCCAGAAAUCCUAGCAGGAUGGGAAGUUAUUCAAGCUAUCGAGCUAGCCGUAUGGUGUCGGAAGCCCGGCGGCCCUAUACAGCAGCUUGA